AUGGCUGAGUCUUACAAAACAUUAUCAUACGUUAAACAAUUAGCUUACUCAUCAAACAAGUUAGUUCAGCCUGUUGAAGACAUUAAGGAAUACUAUGGCAUUGAUAACAUUGAUCUUUUAGGAACUACACAAGCUGACGGCGGAUCAUUAAUAGGUGAAAAACAAUACAUAGGAUUCGAUUUAAGAAAUGCUCCAUUAACUGUAUUGUAUUCCAAAUCUUCAGGAACUACUGUUGCACCUAUUACAAGUGAUGAGAACAUUGCAGAUUUCUACCCUAUCAUUGAAAUCAUGCGUAAAGACAUCUACGAUGAGCUACCACAAUAUACCAAAUUAUUUAUACAGAGUAAAGUCGGAAUAUUGCUAAAUAAACCAGGACUUGCCCUGAAAGGUACUUGCAGACCAUAA